AUGUCGUCUUUAGGUCAGAACUGUGGUGGAAAAUAUAUUUGGAAGAUAGACCGUUUCUCUCAUCACCUCCAGGAUGCUAGAGAUGGAAAAAUAACAUCACUCGAGAGCCCUCCGAUUUACUCAAGCCAACAAGAGUACAAGUUCUCCAUGCAUUUCUUCCCGAAAGGUGUUAAUGGUGGAGACGGACGCCACAUUGGCCUUUUUGUUGGCAUGAUGCAGGGAGAAUACGAUACUAUUCUGGAAUGGCCCUUCUCUGGGCGAAUCGUUCUCACCAUCAAGGAUCAAAGCACUGAUGUUAAUGGCUUCCGCCAUGAUAUCAGUGACACUUUCGUGGCGAAAAGAAAUCUGGGAGCUUUCCAGAAACCCACUGCUACCGGGUCAUACAGCAACCUGUAUGGCUACGCAGAGUUUGCGCCCACAGCUCUGGUUUGCUCCCCACAGUACUUAAGGGAUGAUACUGUGAUGAUUAAGAUAGAGAUUCAUAAAAACAUCUAA